AGGAAGGAGUUUAGUUUUUGCCGCGAAUUAGAUACCGUGUGCAGCUUUGUCUCUGGCACUUUACAUCCGUCUGUGUGUUUUUCUUUUAACUAAGAAAAAAACCCUCCAGCUUUAUCAGACUCAUUUCUUGUUUGCGUCGCUUCGUCCACCGACCUGGUUCAGUAUGUCUGGCUUUGACGACCCAGGGAUUUACUACAGCGACAGCUUCGGAGGCGGAGAGGGACCCGGCGUGGAUGAAGGCGGACAGAAGAGGAUCCAGAUCAAGAAACGGUUCCGUGAGUUCCUCCGGCAGUUCAGAGUGGGGACCGACCGCACCGGCUUCACAUACAAAUACAGAGAUGAGCUUAAGAGACACUAUACCCUCGGCGAGUACUGGGUGGAGGUGGAGAUGGAGGACCUUGCCAGCUUUGAUGAGGAUCUGUCGGACUGCCUCUACAAGCUGCCUACUGAGAACCUGCCGCUGCUGGAAGAAGCUGCGAAGGAAGUGGCCGACGAGGUGACCCGUCCCCGGCCUGCAGGUGAGGAGACGGUUGAGGAUAUCCAGGUCAUGCUGAAGAGUGACGCACACCACGCUUCCAUUCGUGGACUCAAGUCCGAGCAGGUGUCUCGUCUGGUCAAGGUACACGGCAUCAUCAUCUCGGCCACAGCGGUGAAGGCGAAGGCCACCAAGGUGUGUCUGCAGUGCCGUGGCUGUCGCUCUGUCAUCAGCAACAUCCCCCUGCCUCCAGGCCUGCAGGGUUACGCUCUGCCACGCAAGUGCAAUACUGAGAACGCUGGAAGGGUUAAGUGUCCCGUGGAUCCCUACUUUAUCAUCCCGGACCGCUGCGUUUGUGUCGACUUCCAGACUCUCCGCCUGCAGGAAUCUCCAGAUGCUGUGCCCCACGGAGAGAUGCCGCGUCACCUGCAGCUCUACUGUGACAGGUAUCUGUGUGACCGUGUGGUCCCAGGCAACAGAGUGACCAUCAUGGGUAUCUACUCCAUCAAGAAGAUGGCUGCUGUAAAGGCCAAAGGAAAAGAGAAGAGUUCUGGUGUGGGCAUUCGUUCAUCAUACCUGCGAGUAGUCGGCAUCCAGAUGGACACAGAAGGGGCAGGUCGUGGUGCUACUGGAUCAGUGUCCCCACAGGAAGAGGAGGAGCUGAGAGCGCUGGCUGCCACCCCUGACAUCUACGCCUCUCUGGCCCGCUCUGUGGCUCCCUCCAUCUACGGCAGUGAUGAUCUGAAAAGGGCCAUCACCUGUCUGUUGUUUGGGGGGUCAAGGAAGAGGCUGCCUGAUGGUCUCACUCGCAGGGGGGACAUCAACCUGCUGAUGCUGGGAGAUCCUGGUACAGCCAAGUCUCAGCUGCUCAAGUUUGUGGAGAGAUGCUCACCUAUUGGGGUUUAUACCUCAGGUAAGGGCAGCAGUGCAGCUGGUCUGACUGCCUCGGUGUUGAGGGACCCCAACACUCGUGGAUUCAUCAUGGAGGGGGGAGCCAUGGUGCUGGCCGAUGGUGGAGUCGUAUGUAUCGACGAGUUUGACAAGAUGAGGGAGGAUGACAGAGUGGCCAUUCAUGAGGCCAUGGAGCAACAGACUAUCUCCAUCGCCAAGGCUGGCAUCACCACCACCCUGAACUCUCGCUGCUCCGUGCUGGCUGCAGCCAACUCUGUGUUUGGCCGCUGGGACGACACAAAGGGGGAGGACAACAUCGACUUCAUGCCCACCAUCUUGUCCCGUUUUGACAUGAUCUUCAUCAUCAAAGACCAGCAUGACCAGCAGAGGGACAUGACUCUGGCUCGGCACGUGAUGAAUGUUCACCUGAGUGCUCAGACGCAGACGGAGGGUGUUGAAGGCGAGAUUCCACUGAGCACCUUCAAGAAAUACAUCGCCUAUGCCAGAAAUAAAUGUGGCCCUCGGCUCUCCGCUGCGGCCGCGGAGAAGCUGAAGAACAGAUACGUGGUGAUGAGGAGUGGAGCAAGAGAGCAUGAAAGGGAGGCGGACAAAAGGCCCUCCAUUCCCAUCACUGUCAGGCAGCUGGAGGCUGUCGUGCGUAUCGCAGAGUCCCUGGCCAAGAUGAAACUGCAGGCUGUGGCUGGAGAGGAGGAGGUGGACGAAGCCCUCAGACUCUUCCAGGUCUCCACACUGGACGCUGCGCUGUCUGGCAGCCUUUCAGGAGUGGAGGGCUUCACCUCUCAGGAGGACCAGGAAAUGAUCUCGCGCAUUGAGAAGCAGCUGAAGAGACGCUUUGCUAUUGGCUCCCAGGUGUCUGAGCACAGCAUCGUCCAAGACUUCACCAAACAGAAGUAUCCAGAGCAUGCCAUCUACAAAGUCCUGCACCUGAUGUUGAGGAGGGGCGAGCUUCAGCACCGCAUGCAGAGGAAGGUGCUCUACAGAGUCAAGUAGAGCAGAAUGCUCUAGUACAUGUCUAUAUUGUUGUUGUAAAUAGUUUUGUUCUGCCUGUUUGUACUAGCCGAUGCACUUGAUGGAAUUAUUUCUGAUCUCAGUCAUGGUGAAAACUCUUUCAGAUUUAUUCAGUGGGAUCUGGAUUCAUGACAGCAACUGAUUAAACGCAUCAGAAUUUAUACUAAAACAGUGAAAAAUGUUUAGGUUGUCACUGUCGCACAAAGGUUGUUAUUAAGUGUCUGCAUGAAGAAUUAAAGUAUUGGAAAUUA